GACAGACAGACAGACAAUCAGACAGUGUGGCCGCGGCCAUGGCGGAGGAGGGUAGUUUGCACGUCUGGCCAUUGCGGGGACAAUUCAGGCAGUACAAACAUGGCUCAAAACUCUACACCGUCCAGCUUGACGAGUCAGGCGUGACAGUGACAGGUGACGGGGAGAAGCAGGUGGUGAAGGUGACGGACUUGGUGGGGUGUCAGUGCCAGCAGGAACAACAACAGCGAGGAAACUCAGCCUACUUCACCCUACUGGCCUAUCCUCUGACAGGGGGCAGGAAGAGGACCCGCCUGGCCCUUUGCUUCGAGGUAGCCAGCGGGAACACCUUCUCGGAGAACCUGGAGGUGGCGAACGCAUGGCGAAGAGCUGUGUACCACGCCGUCAGGAACCAUGGUAGCUCCAAGCCACAAGUUGACCAUAGCAAGAAGAUCCUUCUGUUUAUCAAUCCUAACUCUGGGUCAGGACGAGCCGUGCAGACAUACAGGAAGCAGGUUUCUACUUUGUUGGGUGAGGCAGAGGUGUCCCAUGAAGUACUGGUGACUGAACGCGCCAGCCAUGCAACAGACGUGGUGCGGACCCUGGACCUCACAAAGUAUGCUGGACUAGUAAUACUCUCAGGAGAUGGACUUCUGUUUGAGGUGUAUAAUGGCUUGCUAGCUCGCCCAGACUGGGAGGAAGCCAUCCAGUUCCCCAUUGGCAUCAUACCUGGUGGCUCAGGGAAUGGCCUUGCACGCUCCUUGGCUCACUGGCUCAGAGAGCCUUACAAGGCCAAUCCAGUUCUGGUGUCUACCCUUAAUGUGGUGUAUGGACACCUAUCCCCAUUGGACUUGGUCAUGACAGAGACAGCAAAGGGGAAACGAAUAUUGUCUUUCCUGUCAGUUGGCUUUGGGCUCCUCUCUGAUAUUGACAUAGAGAGCGAGAGACUGAGAAUUAUCGGAGAGUCAAGGUUUGCUGUUUGGGCUGUGGCACGCUGUGCAAACCUUCGGAGGUACCAAGCCACCAUAUCCUUCAAAAGGGCAGUGGGAGCACCUGUACCAGCUCCACUUGCUUCUUCUCCAGUGCUGCAGCGCUCCCAGACUCUGCAGGAAGGGGAAGGGCUACCCAGCACCAAUGCCAGACACCUGUCACACAGCCACAGUAUGCAGCUACAGGAAACCAAGAAAGAAGAGGAGGAGGCAUGUUUGGACAUUCUUCCUUCCUUGGUGAAGGUGGAGGAUGGUGCUCCUGAGCCUGUCCCAGAGAAGGCACAAGAGGCACAAGAAUGUGGGGAGGAAUGUGGGGAGGAGCAGCAGCAGCAGGAGGAGGGAGCCAAGUCUGAAGUGUUACUGCCAGGCUUGGAUGAGCCAGUGCCAGAUGACUGGGAAACCAUUGAGGCUACUUUUGGGUCUGGAUGGGCGACACCUGAGGUACCCUGGAGUGGAGAUGGUAGCUGUGGAGGCUCUAAGAAUAGUGCCUGGGACCAGCAAAGGCUACCUAACAGUGGAUGGGGAAGUAAUACCAUGGACACCAAUUCAAUCCCAUGUCCUACACAAGCGCGCUCGCAUCAUGACUCGAUAGUAUGGCUGCAAAAAAUACUAGUCACAUUAUACAAAAAGUUGGACAUGGACAUAAAACAGUAUCUAGAAACUACCUCCAUAUAUAAUGUUUUCACUUCUUGAAUUACAUAGUAAUUCCUUUACAAUUUAUUUACUUGAAAUUCAUUGAACUUUAAUGUAACUACCUGCAGCAAACUGUCCCUCGACUAUCUCCAUAUGUGGUGGUCAUUUAUGGUGCUUGUUUAAUUUUUCUGGCAAUACUUUUUCCUUCCAUCUCUUGUGGAAUAGGAUAGGAGACUGUACUUCCACUUUGGUGAACAGUACUUGUAUAUGCAGAGAAUUCACUGUUAUCUGGCCUAAAAGUUUACUGUGGAUGCUGCUGGGAUGGUGACUGGUGAUAGCUUAGUGAUUUGGUCAGGCUGAGUUACUAAAAUAGAUGAUUAGUGAACCCCCAUUAUCACUUUCAUCACAUGCUUUCUCAAUCCAUAAUAAUCAAACUUUUUGUAAUAAAAAUUCACUAUUCAUAUGUAAUGUUUUUUAAUAUAGGAGGGAGGAAGAGGCAUGCAUGUUUUAAAUAAUCAAAUAAUUUAGUUCAAAAAGCACAACAAGCAUGCAUCUCCUGGUUUUUACAAAUACAUCACAUGGCAGUUAAAAUAUCUAGUUUAGUAAUUCAGAGUUGUCUUUCUGCAUUAUUAUAUACCUACAAUCACUUAACACUUUUAAAUCUUGGAUACUUAACUACAUUCCUUUAUAUUUUAAGUGAUUAUUUUUAUACUAAAAAUUACUACUAACUCCCUUUAGAAACUUGCUUAAUGCAGGUGACAGCAUGGUAUAUAGACAAGUGUGCUGCUCUGCUUACCUACUUCCUUGUAUGUCAGAAGGCUCAAAGAGAGACUGAUGGUUGCUCUCGUGUGCCAGCCACAAGAAGAGAUUCUAAGAUGUGAGGUCUGAUUCAGCAGACUGUAGAGCCCCCUACAAUAAUGGCUGUGAAGAGAAACAAUAAUUGACUUUCAGUCACAACUUGAACUAAGUAUUUGAAACAUACAAUUUUGAUGUGUGAAAUGUGUGAUGCCCAUGUAAGUGCUACUCCAGUAGACUUAGUGGACUGUGAUGUGCUGGAGUCACAGUGCCAUGGGAGUAUGAUGAUAAAAUUUAUGUUAUGGAUGAAAAUAAAGCCUUACUUUU